CUUUCUUCAUCCUUAAGACUGCACAUGAAGGUUGCUACCACCAACUGAACAACCUUAUAGGACUCUGUAUUGAUAUUUCAAAUUUACAUUUUGAGCAAGAUGCAUCUUACCACCAUCCUCAUAUUAUCCCUCGCCAUUCUCGGCAUUCUCGGCGCAAAUGCCCGCAACCGAAUAAUUCCCAACCCGAACACAGCACUACCGACCAAGGUGGAACGAUAUCCCAUCUGCCUCGAGGACUACGAUACACACUGCUGCAUGACGGCCGAACCAAUCUCCAACGGCUGCAAACGCGGCAAGUGUACCAACAAGCCCGGCUGGACGUAUGCCUCUGGACUGGGCAAGGUCGAGUCAAUCAAGUACUGCCUCACAGAAGUCGGAGGAAAUGACAGCUCAUUCUGCAAGAAGCCUGGGUACAAGAACGUCGGGUCCAUUAUCCGCUGGACGGGCCAAUCCUUCGACCCCAUGCUUAGAUCGCCGAAUUACCGUCGGUAUUUGAGGCCGGGUAUGUGA